GCCGUCUGCUGAGCCGCGUGCGGAGCUAGGGAGGCAUCAGUGGCUGUUCCGGCAUCGGCUGUGUGGAGCGGCGGCUCGGUGUUUGCUUUGUGGAGUGCGCGUGCCGUGGGGCGGCCAGCAGGAGCAUGCCCCGCGGGCCAUGCAGGCACUCACGGAUAUGGAACUGGCCCGCCUGGAGGCGGGCGGGCCGCGGCACAGCAGUAUGCUGUCGCUGCAUACGAGUGUGCCAUCACGCACGUCGCUGCUGGGCAAGCCCCUGAAGGCGGGUGCUUGCCCGCGCGACGCCAAGUACCGCAAGAAACAGACCUUCAUGUACAACUUCCUUGAAAGGCCUCGCGGAUACAAGGCGGCCGCCUACCACAUCUUUCUAUUUUGUAUGGUUUUCACGUGUCUGGUGCUCAGUGUUUUUUCAACAAUCAAAGACUUUGAAGAACUAGCCGGUGCCAUCUUAUUACGUAUGGAAAUAGUCAUGGUGAUUUGGUUUACGAUUGAGUUCUUCUGUCGCCUGUGGUCGGCAGGAUGCCGGUCUAGGUAUCAGGGAUGGAUGGGGAGACUGCGUUUUCUACGGAGCCCUUUCUGUGUGAUAGAUGUUAUUGUUAUCGUGGCUUCGGUGGUCGUGCUGGCCAUGGGGAGCAGCGGACAGAUGUUCGCAGCCUCAGCGCUACGCGGCCUCCGGUUCUUCCAGAUCCUCCGGAUGGUGCGCAUGGACCGACGGGGUGGCACUUGGAAGCUGCUUGGCUCUGUCGUCUACGCGCAUCGACAGGAGCUCAUCACAACUCUGUAUAUUGGCUUUUUAGGACUUAUUUUCUCUUCAUUUCUUGUCUUUCUUGCCGAGAAAGACGUAAAUCCUGUAAAGUUCGGAAAUUUCGCCGACGCCCUGUGGUGGGGUGUGAUCACCUUAUGUACAGUAGGAUACGGUGACACAGUGCCUGUCACGUGGCCAGGGAAGUUGAUCGCUUCUUUCUGCGCACUUAUGGGCAUCUCGUUUUUUGCUCUGCCAGCUGGCAUCCUAGGCUCUGGAUUUGCGCUCAAAGUUCAACAGCAGCAGCGUCAAAAGCACAUGAUCCGACGGCGUGUGCCCGCUGCUACUCUGAUCCAGUGCCUAUGGAGGUGUUACGCCGCGGACGAGAACUCCAUGUCCGUGGCAACCUGGAAGAUUCACCAGGUGCCGCUCCCCAGCCCGCCCACCUAUGCCUCUGGUUCCUUCACGAGCACAAAGCGAAAAGAUCGGCUAGACCUGCCCGCUACAGGAGGCGGGAUCCUGUUCAAGCACAACACGUCUUUCGUGAGCAGGCUGUCGACGAUACGCCGGCACCGGCAGCCCGCUACGCCCUCGCAUAUGCAUUCCCCAAUGUCGAGGAGUCGCUACCACUGCGACUCCAACGCAAGCGCCGAUAACAUGCACUCGGGAAGGCUACCUGCCAGCUUUAGCGAGGAUAGCGUUACGCGGGAUAUAUCAGAUGCCUCGAAGCGAAACUCGGACGAAUGCUGCGCAGAAGAUGGGACAACUCCUUUCGGCCUCUGCGUGUUACUGCAGAAAGAAUUCACCAACCCACCGUUCCUAGCCCUGUCGCCUGGCUUUAGGUCGGCUCCUGACACAGAUGAAGAGCCUGAAGAGCCUCGGCUUACAGUACUCACGAAGCAACAUAAAAAUGCUAUUCGUUCACUUAGGAAGAUAAAAUAUUUUGUAGCACGAAGAAAAUUUAAAGAGGCCCUGAAGCCGUACGACGUGAAAGACGUCAUCGAACAAUACUCAGCAGGGCAUGUCGAUCUCCUUGGAAGAACCAAAAACAUCCAGGCAAGAUUAGACCAAAUCUUGGGUAAAGUGGGUUCGAAAGCAAAGGACGUGUACGAAUCUAAGAUUAGUCUCGCAUCGAGAAUUGUCAAGGUGGAACGGGCGGUGGAGGACAUCGAGUCGAAGCUGGACCAGUUGCUGGAGAUGUACAUGGAGGACCGGGCCAGGUUAUUAGCCGUACCGGCUGUACCGCCCCCGGGCCUAAAUCUUCGGCAUCAACCGCCUCCUCCCCCGCCGCCCUCGGCUGCCCCUUCAGCUGCCCCGUCGACCGCCCCAUCCCCACCUCCCCAAUUGAACGCUCCUCCACCGACGGGCACCCCUCCACCCGUGGUGAGCUCUUCCCCACCACUCCCACCGCCGCCUCCUGCCUUCCUCCCGGCGAUGUCCCACUCCCCACCCAAAUCCAUCCUGGUCGACAAACAGUCCAGUGAGCCCAAUACACCUGUCGCCAAGACCUUCGAUCGCCCCGGACUCAUGCAGAGGGGCAACUCUGACCUGGGUUCUCGGCUAAGGAAGAAGGUGACGCUCCGGCACACCACCAGUGCGGGCCAGAGCGACCCGACGCUCUGCCAGCCACCGCCUUCCAUCCGCGUGGAGCCAGACAGCACCACGAGGGCAUCAUCCUCCAUGGCGGCUGACAGCGAGGCCUCCACCAUCGCCACAGAGAUGGAAAGUUUGGCCCCGACUGACGACGAGAUGGGUGUAGAUGAGGAGGACGAAGAUGAUCUCGCUCGUGAAGAAGAAGGCGAUUCCGUGACACUGUUGCCGCCCGCACCGCCGCCACCGCAGAUGGCGGCGUCACUUCCAACGGGGGAGGAUGUUAGUGUGGUGACGGUAUCAGUGGCGGAAACUGCGGCCCUUCUCAGACCAACCUUCCACAACUUUACCGCCUGAAGGGCAGCGCUGUGUCACAUUCCAUCCAGUGCUUGCGCCGAGGCUUCGAUAUCUGUUCUCUCGGCUAGGCAUUUCGAAUGGGCGCGUCUAUCGGUAUCGGAGGUUAGCUAACUCUCGCACUGUAGUUGCAUUGCGCGCUAUGCAUGGAGACACGUGGCAACGCGACCAGUAGGACUUGGCACUAUUUAAGGCGCCUCCUACGGUUGAUGACCAUGACCUGGGGAUCUCGACCUGAUCGCCAGCCGUUUAUAUUCUACGGCUCACUUUUUUACAUGCAAUACUGAGGUUUCUAAAAUGUCCCGUUAGAUUCCUCAAAAAAAGGUAGCAUACCGCGCAGUCACACGCCCCUCAUAAUUCCAACUUCUCGAAGGCUGCUAAUAGCACUUGUGCAUACGUAUAACCUUUUUAUACAUUAACGUUCUAACGUGACGACGUCUGUGGACUACGACUGCCAGCACUCUAGGACAUUUCACACAUUUUUGCUAGAUUCACCGUAGUGAGAUACUUCACCGGAAACAAGAAAAAUUGCGAAGAGACCUAAAAAGCGAUAAAUCGCUUCGAAAUCGUCAACAUUCACAUUGUACCUAAAAUAUCAAUUUUCAAUCGCCACCAGAAGAAAAACGCGAAGAAAAACAUCGGAUCACCCCACGAGCGAAGGAGAAACCCUUACAGGGCAUUGUGUACCCUCAUAAGAAGCAGGAAUAAUUCGGUGCGCGUUCAGAUGCACGUAGUUGUAUGCACACAGUCACAAUUGGAACAUGCACACGUUGAUAGAUACAUGUCGUGUUCCCUAGCGGUAUUGGGCAUACCGCGGUAGUCCAAUUUCCAGAAUUCUCUAACCGUGGUCACGUGCUCUUAAACGAUCCUCAGCUCGACCCCACCAGUCGAGCUGCUCAUUGAGACCAGUCUUGUGCUUCAAAAAUCGACCUGACAAAAACGCUUUCCGAGCACAGGAAAUCCUCCGAGCUUUCUUCGGGUAGUACGCGGUAAGGCCGGUUGUCUUCUUCAAACCCAGUAACUUCCCAAGUGGAAGAGCACUUCUUGCCUCCACUCACUGGAGUUGAAGAGGGCUGUCCAGCCGAGGAUCAUUUAGAAUGCGGAGCUAGGUCUUUGCCUAGCACCCACCCACGGAAAGCAUUGCUGACGGUAUUCUGCUGGUGAUCCGCUGGUUAUUUGCGGUAUGCCGGACAACGCGAGCGAAUACGGCAGUUGUCUACGAACAGCUACAUAACGUCUACCUGAUGCACUUUUUGACUGUCGUCCGCAGAAGGCAAUACCUUUUCGAACGCUUCGGGCAACCCAUUACUCCUCUUACACGACUUCCCUCGCAUACCUUUACCACGCAACGAGGGGUUCUCCCGUCAGCUUUUCGUGCAACACCUAAAACGCUGCGCACAGGGUACCUGAUUCAAGAGUGACGCCACAUGUAACGGGGGUUUCCUUCUGUUUGUCACGUUUUCGCUGAACAAAGGUACGCUUGGUUUUGCGCUGGG